CUUAACAAAAUUCUGAUACAAAAAGUGUCAUUUUAACAAUUUGAAUAUGAAGAUGACUGGCCAAAUUGGUUUCGCUUGAAUGAUAAAACUUCCUUGUUUUCUCAUCAGUAACGGUAGUCUACACGGUUUGGCUUCCACUGCAACAUCAUAUUUUCGUCCAUUUCCGACUUUUGUCCCAAGUUACAACAUAUUUGCUCUGCUUGAUGAUUAUAUUGGACGAUAGGGGAAAGAUUGGGUCAGUGAAUACUGCUGCAAGGUACUGGAUGGACACAGGUCAUUUUGGACAUCGGACGGAUUCAACCAUGAUCCUAUAUCAACUGUGUGGACGAUCCUCGGGUUGGAUUCGCAUCGUUUUCCUAAUAUUAUUCCUUACUUUUGGGCUCAGCUCUGGACACCUUAUGUCGAGUAGGCCUAACACAGCGAACAGGGCAAGGAGCAGAAUAUCACCAUCCGAGGAUUACAUUCAUUCCGUCACGCUAAGUGAGGAUACGAGGUACACGGUGUUCUGGAAGUUUGACAAUGAUACUGUCACGUUUGAGAUUCAUGUGGAGACUCUUGGAUGGGUUGGAUUUGGUUUCUCUCCGAGUGGAGGGAUGAGGGGAUCCGAUGUUGUUAUGGGUUGGGUGAAGGACGGUAUACCGCAUCUCAGUGACCGCCACGCCGCCGGACAUGCGCUACCGAAGAGGGAUGAGAGCCAAGACUACGAGCUUCUCCUCGGCGAGGAGAAAGAUGGCCUUACUAUCUUGAAGUUCAGGCGGGCUUUGGUUACGUGUGAUGAACAUGAUAGCCCAAUUGAGGACGGUACAGUUCGAUUAAUAUACGCUUGGAACGACAAAGAUCCAGAUAGAGAGGACAAUUUAAACUAUCUUUAUCAUUAUGGUAACAGAGGUGUGAAGAGCGUGGUGUUGCUGGACUAUAACCGGGUGAUGAAGAAACGCAUGGCACCAGAGGAAAGCAGUGGCUUCUUUGACACCAUGAUGGAUAAUAUUACCAUUCCAGCUGAGAAAACGGUUUAUUGGUGCAAAUUCUUCAAGAUGCCGCAUUUUGGGAAGAAACACCACAUCAUUGGUGCAAGUACUUUUUUGUUGUUGUUUAAUGUCACGUUAAUAGAGCCACUUGUUGAAUCGGGCAAUGACGGACUGCUCCACCAUAUUGUGGUCUACCUUUGCAACCAGUGGGAAACGUCUAUCAAGUCCAAAGCGGGAGAACGAUGUUACCACAACAACAUGCCUCCCAAUGUUACCGUAUGUGACUCCGUGAUCUUUGGCUAUGCAGUUGGUAUGAGAGAACUUGUCUUCCCCGAAAAUGCUGGGUAUCCCGUUGGCCGGCCACAUGACCCAAAGUUUAUGUACUUGGAGGUGCAUUACGAUAACCAACAAAUGCUCGAAGGACUUCGAGACAACUCUGGUCUUCGUUUUCGCUACACAUCCAAACUCCGUCAGUAUGAUGCGGGUGUCCUUGAGAUAGGUCAUACAGUGUGGUGGCCACCGAUGCUAAUCCCGCCAAAGGCAAAAGAAUUUAAGGUCAACACUUACUGUUCCAGUCAAUGCACGAAAAAGUUCAUACCUGAAGCGGGAAUCAAUUUCAUCGCCGUGUUUCUACACACCCAUUUAGCUGGUCACAGAAUAUGGAUGAAGCAUGUCCGUAACGGCACAGAAUUACCCGAAAUCGCGCGAGAUAAUCACUAUGACUUCAACUAUCAGCAAUUCCGUCUCCUGUCAAAAGAAGUGACGAUACUUCCUGGAGAUGAGAUUGUUACUACCUGCACGUACAACACUAAGCAUAGGAAGCAUAUGACCUACGGCGGUUUGUCGACAAAAGAAGAAAUGUGUUUUAAUUUCGUAAUGUAUUACCCUCGCAUUGAAAUGAGCAAGUGUCUUAGUACCGUGUUCCAGUGGUCAGACGUGGAACACUACAUCGCCAAGAAAGCAGUGAAAGGCGAGAUAGAUUACGACCAGUACAACCGAGUCCAUAACGUGUUUGACUACCUCAACCAAGUGAAAUGGACCAGGAAGGAGAUCCACAAGUUCCAGCGGAUGAUUGACAGGUCGGAUGGAUACAGGGAGUACUGUGAAAAGGAAGGCAAUGGGGCUGGGCCCAUGGUGUCUAAGAAAUAUGAUUACUUGCCCAAGGUGAAGAUCAUCAACCGACACAAAAGAACAACUACCUGCCGAAAAAGCAAUCUCAACGGAAUUUUAAACGCUAGGCCUGAAAUGGAGACAGUACGACGAAGUGGCUCGUCGUCCAUUCUACCCAAGUUUUUUACGCUCCCAAUGACUAUGAUAUUAGCGCUAUUAUGAAUACAGACUGGCUGGCACUACGGGUAGGAAAACUUGUUGAUUGCUGAAGAGGCCAGGAAUAGGCUUGUGUAGGAGGAGGUGAAGUGUCAACCUGGGUUAGAAGACGCACCAAGCAUGAAGUAAUCGCAGUAUCAAUCUCUCGAAGGGAGUCGAGUCUCGUAUAGUUAAGUCUCUCAACCUCCACAUACUUAAACCAAUUUUUCAGUGUUUACCAGAUGAUAAUGUAGUUGCUAAAGACUGAAACAAGUGAUCGAAAAGAAAAUAAGUUACCAUUUAAUAUAAAAGAGUA